AUGUAUGUGAAAUGGUUUGAUACAGUAAUGUUUUACUAUGUGAUUUUGUAUUUAGAGAAUGUCACUUUUUGUCAUUUUCAAAUUUCCCGCCAGUUCCGUCCCCGUACGUCCCAACGCUCGCAGGGGACGGAACCCAGAUGACAGAUGCGUCCGCUGGAGGACAUUAUAGGGACACUGCAGGAGGGACAUCGCGGGAGCGCAGGACAAGGUAAGUGAUUGAGGGAUCCCCGAGCAGUGCCACAUGGUAAGCCCGAGUGUAGCUCAGGGUUACCGCUUUUGCUACACUCGGGAAUACCACCAGGGAGGCUAC